UUAAUUUAAACUUCUAUAAACACGGCACGAUAAUGAUAUGCUAACGCUAUACGAAAACUCCGUCACACCGCUAAAUCUGCAAACCCUUAUUAUACAGUGUUGAUCGAUCAUUAAACAGAGAAGGUAAAGAGAGGAAAUCCGUGAAUGGAGACGUUGAAGGAGGAGGAAGAGUAUAACUGGAGAGAAGUCAGUUUGCCGGCAAUGAUACCAGUUGUAUCCCCCCCCGAACUCGACAGGGAAACCGGCGAGAGGAGAAGGGGCCGUGACAUAAUCAUAGCUGUCGAUCAUGGGCCAAACAGCAAGCACGCCUUUGAUUGGGCUAUCACCCAUCUCUGCCGCCUCGCCGAUACAGUCCACCUCGUCCACGCCAUCUCCAGUAUCAAGAACCAGAUUGUGUACGAGACGAGUCAGGAGCUCAUGGAGAAGCUUGCUGUGGAGGCAUUUCAGGUUGCUAUGGUAAGAACAAAGGCUAGGAUUGUGGAAGGGGACACCGGCAAGGCGAUAUGCAAGGAAGCAGAGAGGUUGAAGCCUGCUGCUGUUGUAAUGGGCACCAAGGGCCGAAGCUUGAUCCAAAGUGUGCUACAGGGUAGUGUAAGUGAAUAUUGCUUCCACAAUUGUAAAACUGCACCAAUCAUUAUCGUUCCUGGGAAAGAUGCAGGGGAAGAAUCUGUUUUAUAAUCUGCAUUUGCAAGGAUGAGGAACUCGAGGCUCGUCAGAGCAUGUAUGUUAGUUGAAUCUCUUUUAGUAAAGAAAGGAUUUCCUUCAUUUGGAUGUGUGUGCAAGGUUAAUAUAUUACAUAAUUAAUUUUUUUAAUGUUGCAGUGUAGUUUUCCUGUGUGUACUUAAUCAUGUAUUAGUUUGUCUCUAACUAUUUUAUUGUACAAGGACAGACCUUUUUCUUUGGCUGCCUUGUUUACAACUUUAACCUCUUUUACGAGUAUAGUUAGUUUUUCCCUU